UUUUCAAGUUAGUGACUCACUUCACCUGCAACACAAGAUUCUUGAGAGAGAAAAAAAGAAAGAAAGAAAGAAAAGAAAAAAAAUGGGCCAAGAAGAUGAUAUGAUGAUGUCGAUGGCGAUGAGGAAAGGGCCAUGGACAGAGCAAGAAGAUGUUCAGUUGGUUUCUUUUGUGAACAUGUUUGGAGAUCGACGAUGGGAUUUCAUAGCAAAAGUUUCAGGUUUAAAAAGAAGUGGAAAGAGUUGCAGAUUGAGAUGGGUAAACUAUCUACACCCAGGUCUCAAAAGAGGCAAGAUGACUCCUCAAGAAGAGCGUCGAAUCCUUGAGCUUCAUUCUAAAUGGGGCAAUAGGUGGUCAAGGAUUGCUGCAAAGCUUCCAGGACGAACUGAUAAUGAGAUUAAGAAUUAUUGGAGGACCCAUAUGAGGAAAAGGCACAAGAACAGAAAAGAGCCUUAUCUCCAUCUUCAUCGCUCUCAGAUUCAUCUUCUUACUCAUCAAUAUAUACUAGCAAUCAUACUUUCCAUUCAAUGCAAAUGAUGGAAACCAAAGAAAAAAGUUUCUACGACACCGGAGGGUUAGAAAUGUUGACUAUCACAAAAGGGGAAAAGCAAUAGCAAUACCAUUACAAGUAUUGCUACUAGUCUUAACAAUAGUAGUGAGGGAGAAAAUGGAUAUAAUUCAAUGGAUGAAAUAUGGAAGAAUAUAGAUUUAUUAGAAGACGAUGGUAUAAGACCUAUUUUUGGCAUGUCCAACGAAAUAACACCUUCUCCAAUAUGGGAUUACUCUCUCAACAUGCUAUGGAUGAUUGAUGGCCAAGAGGAGAUAGGAAGUAAUAUGUUUUUUCCCGACAACAAGCGAGCAAUUUAGCACAAGGUUAAUCGGCUAACUUAGUUUUAAAUCAUAAAUUAAAUUGGUUGUUGAUAUUAAGAUAUUAAAUUCAAACUCUUGUAUGACAUGCUAUUGAAAUAAUAUAAUAAAC